AUGCACGGUAAUGAAUCGGAGAAUGCAACUCAACCCAUUAUCCUUUCCUAUCCAGAAAAUGGCGACGAGCGGUGCGAGACCAUAUUCGGAUUCACUCCCAAGCCUGAACAACGGAUGGUCGCCGAACACAUCGGUCGUGGAGAGGACUGCAUCCUUAUCGCAGGCUGCGGUUGGGGCAAAACCUUAGCAUAUUUCCUUCCUCUGAUUUUGUGGGAGAACCGCGUCAUUGUCAUCAUCUCGCCACUGGUAGCACUAAUGGAGGAACAGCACAGAAAACUUCAAGCCGUGAAUAUCAGCAGUAUACCCAUCCAUAGUGGCCGGCAAUUGCCACAUAACCUCGAGGACGAACUCAUUAAUGGAAAGUACAGAGCCGUUUUUAUGUCUCCGGAGACCGUCUUCACUAGUGUACGUUUCGAGUUGCUCUGGAACGAGGCAGCCUGGAGGUCGCGAGUUCAGGCAGUAGUCAUUGAUGAGGCGCAUUGUAUCAGCACGUGGGGUCCGGAGUUCAGGAAAGACUACAGCCGAAUUGGAGACUUACGCUCUAGACUGCCCCCAGGCACAGCCUUUGUGGCGGUAUCAGCAACUCUUCAUGGACAAAUUCUUCAGGACGUCAGGAGGAGUUUUCACUAUGGAAGCGAUGUCACAGUCAUCAAAGCCAACACCGAUCGCCAAAAUGUCAGAUACGAGGUGCGAGUGUCCAAUGACAGCAGGAGCUGCCACGAGGACCUGGAGUUUCUCUUGGAUUUCAAGAAGACGAUCGUUUAUUUCGACAAGAUGAACGAUAUGAUGGCGGUCUACAGACAUCUGAGAAUAAAGGCUGAGGCUUCCCAGCCAUCACUCCGUCAGUCAGAUAUAAUCGCCUACUUUAACGCCGACCUGAAGACAGAAACCAAGGAGCUCUAUAUGUUGAAGUUCAAACGAGGUGAGAUCCGCAUUCUGCUGUCCACUGAAGCUGCAGGAAUGGGGUGCGAUAUAAGCGACAUUCUACGAGUCGUUCAGUUCAGGUUUCCAAAUAACAUCACGGUCCUCGCGCAGCGUCUUGGUCGCGCAGCUCGCGAUCCAAGUCUCCAAGGCCUUGGCAUUUUGAUCUAUCCUCGAACU